UUUCAACACGCAAUCAAAUCUAAAUAGUUAACAAGGCUAAGUAAUACAAACUUUGAAUAUCAUAUUGUAAUCCAACUUCACAUCAUGUCAUAUUCACAAUCCAAUGAUGUGUCAUUAAUUGACGACUUUAACGAAAUACAACCAGAUGAAAUCACAUCACAAGCAUAUGAAAUACCACCACCUACAUAUCAUGAGACACCUCGUCCAGCUCCAACCACCACUAGCACUCAACAACCAGAGGGCAAAUCCCAUAUGUUUCAAAUAAACUUCUAUAGAGCUUAUUUUAAUUUGGAUACUGAUACAUUUUUCCUUAAACUUCAAAAGGCAAUCAAUCCAAUUAGUUCGAUCUCAGCCCCAAUUGAUGAAGAUGAUGAUCAAGUGACAGAGUUAUAUGGAUUUAUUUGGAUCACAGGAACUUUAAUCUUCCUUAUGUUUGUUAGUGCAACGGGAUCAAAUAUCUUAUCUGAUUGGUUACAUCCUAAUGAUGAAGCCAAAAAGUAUGAAUAUAGUUUUGAUUUAUUAACUUUAUCAAUGUCCCUCUUUUAUGGUUAUAAUCUUUUCAUUCCCCUCAUUUUAUAUCUUUGGACUUCAUAUAUAUUGAAAUUUCCUCAUAGAUUAUCAUUAACUAAAUUGAUUUCAAUUUAUGGUUAUACUAAUGUAUUAUGGUUCCCUAUUACCAUAGUUAACUUUUUAAUAGUCAUUCUAAUCAAUAAUCAAAACCAUCAUUUGAUUCUAAAUUUAUUAGAAUGGAUCAUAGUAGCAGUAAGUGGGAUCAUUACUGGAUUAAGUAAUAUCUCAAAGAUUGGUCCAAUCAUUAGAAAGAAUGCAUUACUCUUAUAUGAAGGUGAAACCCAAGCUGCAAACAGACUUUAUACCAUUGCCAUUGGUGCCUUGGCAUUGGCCCAUGUAGGAUUCACCAUAGGGGUUAAGAUUAGUUUCUUUGGUAUCAAAGUCUAAUCAUAUUAUAUAUAAAAUUGUGUAUCAAUAAUAAAUAAUACUGUUUAACCCUAAAGAUGCAAAUUUUGGUCGUGUAAUAUGGUCAUGAAAAAAUAUCUACUUCAGCUGCCAGUAUAAAAAAAAAUUUUCGUUGUAAUUUUAAGAUAGUUUUUGUAAAUUGAUGUAUUCAUUUCUUCUUCUUAUUCAAAUAGGGAUAAUGAUGAAUAGUCAUAGUUGUAUAUGGAAUAUACUACUGGUAUUGAAUUCAAUUAAGGUAUGUUUGAACUUGAA